GCGGGCGGCUUUAAAUGCGGGCCGGGGCGGGCGCCGCCAGCACAGCCGCUCCGCCAGCGCAGCCGCUCCGCCUCGCCGUCGCCGCUCGGCAGCGGGGACCUUCCGCGGGCGCUGCGCUCCCCCUGCGCUCCCCGGGUCAGCCGGCGCCCUCCGCCCGGGCCGAAGCCGGCAGCGAGGCAGGCAGAGGGGCGUGUGUGCGCAUACAGGCAGACAGGUGUAUCUAGCUAGCCGUAUUUAUAGAGGUGCGGGUGCGUAGCCAUGCUCCGCACCGCGUGCUGAAGCCGCCCCCCGCCCCGCCGCGCUCAGCCCGCUGCUCCCCGCCCGGCCCGCGGCUGCCCCGCAGCCCCCCCGCCUGCCGCCAAGCUGGAGGAGCGCCGCAAGCCCGAGCCACGGAGGAUGGAGGACGAGGCAGUACUGGAUAGAGGGGCUUCCUUCCUUAAACAUGUAUGUGAUGAAGAAGAAGUGGAAGGUCAUCACACCAUUUACAUUGGGGUCCACGUGCCGAAGAGCUAUAGGAGGAGGAGGCGUCAUAGAAGGCGACCUGGGCACAAAGAAAAGAAAGAAAAGGAGAAAAUCUCUGAGAACUACUCUGACAAAUCAGACGUAGAAAACGCUGAUGAGACAAGCAGCAGCAUCCUUAAACCGCUCAUCUCCCCCGCUGCCGAACGCAUCCGCUUCAUCCUCGGAGAGGAAGAUGACAGCCCGGCGCCCCCGCAGCUCUUCACGGAGCUGGAUGAACUUCUGGCCGUCGACGGACAAGAGAUGGAAUGGAAGGAGACCGCGAGGUGGAUCAAGUUUGAGGAGAAGGUAGAACAAGGUGGGGAGCGAUGGAGCAAACCUCACGUGGCCACCUUGUCCCUGCACAGCUUGUUUGAGCUGCGGACGUGUAUCGAGAAGGGCUCGAUAAUGCUGGAUAUGGAGGCCUCUUCUCUCCCGCAGGUGGUGGAAAUGAUCGUUGACAAUCAGAUCGAGACGGGGCUUUUGAAAUCGGAACUGAAGGACAAAGUCACCUACACGCUGCUCAGGAAGCACCGGCACCAGACCAAGAAAUCCAACCUGCGCUCUCUGGCCGACAUUGGAAAGACCGUCUCCAGUGCAAGUAGGAUGUUUACCAACCCCGAUAACGGCAGCCCAGCCAUGACUCACAGAAACCUGACUUCCACCAGUCUGAACGACAUCUCUGACAAGCCUGAGAAAGAUCAGCUGAAGAAUAAAUUCAUGAAGAAAUUGCCCCGUGAUGCUGAGGCUUCCAACGUGCUGGUGGGGGAGGUGGAUUUCCUGGAGAAUCCCUUCAUUGCCUUCGUCCGGCUGCAGCAGGCGGUCAUGUUGGGUGCUCUGACUGAAGUCCCCGUACCCACCCGAUUUCUCUUCAUUCUUCUGGGACCGAAGGGCAAAGCAAAGUCCUACCAUGAGAUCGGCCGAGCCAUCGCCACGCUGAUGUCGGAUGAGGUGUUCCACGACAUUGCCUAUAAAGCCAAGGACCGGCAGGACCUGAUCGCUGGCAUCGACGAGUUUCUGGAUGAAGUCAUCGUGCUCCCCCCUGGGGAGUGGGAUCCAGCCAUUAGGAUAGAGCCCCCCAAGUCUCUCCCUUCCUCAGAUAAAAGGAAAAACAUGUACUCCGGCGGAGAAAAUCUGCAGAUGAACGGAGACACGCCUCACGAUGGAGGACACGGCGGCGGGGGCCACGGGGACUGUGAAGAACUGCAGCGGACUGGCAGAUUCUGCGGUGGCUUAAUCAAAGACAUAAAGAGGAAAGCACCGUUCUUCGCCAGCGACUUCUACGACGCUUUAAAUAUUCAAGCCCUGUCAGCCGUUCUUUUCAUCUACCUGGCCACGGUGACCAACGCUAUCACUUUUGGGGGAUUGCUUGGUGACGCUACGGAAAACAUGCAGGGCGUGUUGGAGAGCUUUCUGGGCACGGCCGUCACCGGUGCGAUAUUUUGCCUUUUCGCUGGUCAGCCACUCACAAUCUUGAGCAGCACGGGACCUGUCCUUGUCUUUGAACGACUCCUCUUUAAUUUCAGCAAAGACAAUGAUUUUGACUACCUGGAGUUUCGUCUCUGGAUCGGCCUUUGGUCAGCCUUCCAGUGUCUCAUUCUCGUCGCGACCGAUGCCAGCUUCCUGGUCAAGUACUUCACCCGCUUCACCGAAGAAGGUUUUUCUUCCCUUAUUAGCUUCAUCUUCAUUUACGAUGCUUUCAAGAAGAUGAUCAAGCUGGCAGAUCAUUACCCGAUCAACUCCAAGUUCAAGGUGGACUAUAUCACGCAAUACUCUUGUGCCUGUGAACCAUUAGAUCCAGUUAAUAGCUCGUUAUUUAACGGGACAACGGUGCCAUCAGCCGAUGAGCUGUUCGAUUACUCUACCGGGACGAACACCACCAUUGACUGGUCAUCUCUGACAGCGAAGGAGUGCUUGAAAUACAGAGGACAGCUUGUGGGCAACAACUGUGGAUACGUCCCUGACAUCACCCUCAUGUCUUUCAUCCUCUUUUUUGGCACUUACACCUGCUCCAUGGCCCUGAAGAAAUUCAAGACCAGUCGCUACUUUCCAACCACGGCCCGGAAGCUCAUCAGUGACUUUGCCAUUAUCUUGUCCAUUUUGAUUUUCUGUGGAAUAGAUGCCCUGGUAGGUGUGGACACACCAAAACUCAUUGUGCCAAGUGAAUUCAAGCCAACCAGUCCCGAGAGGGGUUGGUUCAUCCCACCUUUUGGAGGGAACCCGUGGUGGGUGUACCUGGCAGCAGCCAUCCCUGCACUGCUGGUGACUAUCCUCAUCUUCAUGGACCAGCAAAUCACAGCCGUCAUCGUCAACAGGAAGGAGCACAAGCUCAAGAAAGGUGCUGGGUAUCAUCUGGAUUUGUUCUGGGUGGCCAUCCUGAUGAUCGUCUGCUCCUUUAUGGGUCUGCCCUGGUACGUGGCCGCUACCGUGAUCUCCAUCGCUCAUAUUGACAGCUUGAAGAUGGAGACGGAAACUUCAGCCCCUGGAGAACAGCCCAAGUUUUUGGGAGUGAGGGAGCAGAGGGUCACCGGAGUCAUCGUUUUCAUUCUGACCGGCGUGUCUGUCUUUAUGGCUCCCAUCCUAAAGUUCAUUCCCAUGCCGGUGCUCUACGGCGUCUUCCUCUACAUGGGUGUCGCUUCCCUCAACGGCGUGCAGUUCAUGGAUCGUCUGAAGCUGCUCUUGAUGCCUCUAAAACACCAGCCUGACUUUAUCUACCUGCGCCACGUCCCGCUGCGCAGGGUCCAUCUGUUCACCUUCCUGCAGGUGGUGUGCCUGGCCCUCCUCUGGAUCCUCAAGUCGACCGUGGCUGCUAUCAUAUUCCCCGUCAUGAUCCUGGCCCUCGUAGCAGUCAGAAAAGCCAUGGACUACCUCUUCUCCCAGCAUGAUUUGAGCUUUCUUGACGACGUCAUUCCAGAAAAGGACAAGAAAAAGAAAGAGGACGAGAAGAAGAAGAAAAAGAAGAAGGGCAGCAUGGACAGUGACAAUGAUGACUCUGACUGCCCCUACUCAGAAAAAGUCCCAAGUAUUAAAAUACCAAUGGACAUCAUGGAGCAGGAACCUUUCCUAAGUGAUAGCAAACCUGCCGACAGCUCUCUUCCCUCCCCGGCAGGAGAGAAAUCACCAACAUUCCUUGAACGCCAUACGUCGUGCUGAUACAAUUCCUUUCCUUCGGUCACACGCCAUGCCAAGCCCUCCACGAACUCCAGUAAAAGUUGUGCCUCAAAUUAGAGUAGAACUUGAGCCUGAAGACAAUGGUUAUUUCUGGAGGAGCAAGGGAACAGAAACUACUUUGUAAUUUGUCUGUCUGUUAAAUCUUUUAUGGAAUUUAUUUUGUCACUAGCCAAAUAUUAAAAGGCUCUCUGCUCCCCACCCGCAUAAGUAAAUGAGACCUCCCGCGCUGCCCCGGCACAUCUCCUCCCGUCCCUCCUCACCCGAUUUUCCCCGCGCUGACCAAGACUCGUUUUGCCUUCUCUGUCGCUUCGACGUGCACGCGUCUCCCUCGUUGGCGAGCAGCGGGCAGAAGCACCGAGGAUACCGCGUCGCACGGGCGGGCGAUGUCGGGGGCGCUGGCGUUGUGAAUCAGGGUUGGGUGGUUUGUCCGUUUGUCCUCUGGCGGAACAAAACUGGCCUCCAGGCUAAUUCGCCGUCUUGCUAACGCUGCUCGAAGAUGCUGGAAAGUGCUGCUAACACGAAUUUGCUCUUAAAGCCUCUACUUGUAGGUGACGCAGGAAGGAAAAGGAAAAGGUACUUCACUCCCAGCACAGACAAAAACCGUUGCCAUCGUUGUAGCACGUGCGUUGAAAUGUCCCUUUCCUAUGCAAUUUUUUUUAAAGAAACACUUUAAUGGACUUAAUCCGUCAGGUACAUUGAAGAGUGUUAUUUUCCUAGAUUAUUUUGUUUAAAUUAUGGGGGCCUAACCUACGACUUUUUUUUGUCAAUUUUUUUAACCUUUUUUUAAUUACUGUAAAGAAAAAUGAAUUUUUCCUGCAGCAGGAAACGUAUAGUUAUGAGUAGUUCUACCUCUUAUUUCUAGAUGCCAGGCUUUCUGUAAAAAAUGUAAUGUACCAUAUAUAAUGUGAUUUUUCCAAACAACAAAACCACGACACCGCACCGCAAUCUCCAGGACAUGGCAUAGCGCUGGAUCAGUUUGAUUAACACCUUCUACUCUGAAACGUCUGUUUCGCUUAGGGUUAUGUUAAUUUUUAUUUUUAUUUUAUAAGUAAUCUAACUUUACUAUGAAGGAGACGGGAUGUAACUUCAAUCUCUUGUGAUCUGGGAAGAGUCUUAAACGUAACGGUGGUAAGCGGAAUACCGGCCGGCUACCGACGUCAGCGGACAGAUGCUGGUUGUACUCGUGCUGUUGAUUUCCUACGCGGUAUUGUUGGAAUUACUCCUUUGGAAACAUCGGUGCGUGUGCGUGAGGAAGACCCCGCGUGCAGUUCAGGCGCGAUGACGGCGCAACGGAGGAGGAAGCUGAAGACGCCUCCUGGGAUGCUCAAACCCACGCUCGUAGUCGCCAGGCUCACCAACAUCCGCAUCUGUUUUCCCUCAUCUGCAGAAUUCACCCGAAACCUUGACCGCUGGCUCCUAGACCCGUCUGCCCGUGAUGCAUCGAUACGAAGCAGGCCAGGCAUGGGCACGCCCAGGCGUCUGGUUUUAAACCGAACGAGCAAAUACCACCCUGGGAGAGGCGAUUUUCUCUCCGCAGCGCGUGUGCGCAGGUACUUGUGCGCGCACGUAAAGACGCAUUUCGGAAAUUUCUUUGAUGAAGGUGGGGAUUACGUGUAGCGCACUAAAGGCUUCAUCAACAAAAAAAAAAAAAAAGCCCAGCUGUGAGAGCUAAUUCCCCAAUGGAAAAAAAUCCCCCCCCAGAGGACAGACACGUUCCUGCGCUUUUGUCCUCAGGAAAACCAAAGCCCGUGUUGGUUAAGUGAAGAGAAUUUCAUGAUGGUGCUGAGACCUUUAUGCCAAAUUUUAGCAUCUUACUCGCAGUAGCCGUAUGCGCGACGAGAGGCGUAGAAUAGGGCCGUUGGUUUCCUCCCCCGCUGUGCUGUGGCAGCAGCUGGGCGCCGCGCUUUCCCCGCAGCGCUUCCCCCAAGGACGAGGGAGUCCAUCGGGACCGCGGGGGUUGGCGCUUGAGCUGCCGCCGACGGCCAUUGCUGCAGAGACGACGGGGCCGCAGAGGCGCCUACGCGGCACACACGCGUGCGCACGCCUCAGUGCGCUCCCCGACUCCUUCUCGAGGGGUCUCGGUUUCGGCUUCCAUGGAACGUGUCUGGAGUCUGGGAGCGGCAUCCCGGGAAGCCAGCCCCAACCCGCUGCGGAAAGGCUGUGGAGACGUCGGAAACGGCCAGACAAGGGGCGGCUCGGUGCUCUCCUCCGCUGCCGGCGCCCGCUAGCUGGAGGACAGACGACCCGGGAAGCGCAGUGCCGGCUUCAACCGCCCGCUUCCAUCCCGCCGUGAGCACCAGUCCCUGGCUCCCAAAGGAGGGACAGCCUCGAGCGUCGCCUGCGGAGCGCGGGGGGGCUGCCUGUGCCUGCUCACACCUUUGGUUUGUAGGAAUCCCAGUAGCUGAGGCGGGAAGAUGGACCCGGUCGAAGAGAGAGACGCGGCGUUCCUGCUCCCGGUAGGCGCCGCGGCAGGACCCCGCACGCACGCGCACAGCCCACGCGCAGCUUCCCCUCGGCCGGCCCCUGGCGACGUGUCUCCUCGACGGUGAGGUCUUCCACCUGCGAACCGCGUGAAAUGUACUUGAAAUGUAUUGACUGCUGAUCUGGAGCUUUCUCUCUCUCUCUCUCUUUCUUUUUUGUUUGUUUGGUUUUUAAAUUUUUAUUUUAACCCGAGGGAGGUGUUGUGCAGAGGGUAGCGUCGCUGAAGGGACGGGACAAAGAUUUCUGUAGCUUUCCAUGAAAAACACCCAACUGCGGGGCCAGGAGCUGGAAAUGUUUCCGUUCUCCCCCGGCGGUGGGGGCUCCUCGCUUGGUUUUUCCUUUUAGAACCCAAACCCGGCACCAGAGCAGCCGAGAGCUCUGCUGGCACCCGAGGCAGCAGGCAGGGAAGGGGCCGCAGGCGUCCCGGGGACGGGUUCACCCCGCUCCUCGGACCUUUGAAAAUCACUAACGCUCCGUUGCCAUCAGAAUUGGGAGUUGGGUGGGAAGAGCCGGGGCGAGGGCGGAGGUGUGCGGGCUGCCCGGGGAGAGGCCGAGGUCCCCGCGGGUGGUGGGAGCCCUGCGAGCCGCCCCGCCGCAGCCGGCUUGGUCCCGACCCCGGGGGCCCGCGGCCGUCUGCCGCCGUACGCCCACGCACGACUGUCAUCGGGGACGAGACAUCUUGGUGGGUUUAUUUUAUUUUUUUUUGGGGGGGGGGGGGGGUGUUUUUUGAAUCAACACGCACUUUCAGAUACUUUUAUUGUUGUUUUUAAUUCUCGUAAGUCUGUAUUUGCUUUGGAGGAAAGAAUAAAAACUUAGUAGAAAAUGAAGUGGAUCAAGAUGGUGGAACAAAAAGGAAAAAAAAGCAGAAAACAUUUCAAUGUAUUAAAAUGAUUUUUUUUUCCAGUAAUAUAAACCACGAAAUUCCUUAUAACAUUAUAGUAUUUUACAGUUUUAUGAAGCUUUCUAUUGUGACUUUUAUGGAAUCAAAAGAUGAAGAUGAUGAGAUAUUUUAGCAUUUAUAUUUUUCAAAAUUAAAUGUAUACUGAAAAUAAAGUAACUUUAUGCAUU